AUGAAGAAUAAUACCAGGAGUUUCUCGUACGAUUUGAGACCUCGUUUACAACGAAGCCUACGAAUUCAGCAUACGGAUUGCAAUUUUGAUGUGGAUGGCUCAUCAACAUCAGCACGUGGUGUUCUCAAUUCCCAUCAUAAUGUCUCAUCAACAUCACCACACAAUCAACCAUCCGGUACAACCAAUACAACGAGUAAAACGGCAACCGGUACAACAAAUAGUACUGGAAUGCAUCGACGCGAAUCAUUUUUGUAUAAAUGCGACAGUGACAAUGAUCUUUCACCGAAAUGUAUUUCGCGCAAUCCGUCCAUUGGAUCUGAAUUGUAA